AUGUUCUUCAGGUACGUCACGCAAAUAUCUAAGAAAGCAACCGUAAGGCUUCGAACAGGGGUACUAGCUGUAUUGGGUAUGCCUUACCUACCUUCGGCCAUAGUAGCUUUGUUGUCGAUCAUUUGCAUUUCUGGUGUUCUUACUGGUUCGUUCAGCAGAGAGUACCCCAGAUCAUACACCACUAUUGAUAUGAAGGAAUAUUUGGCUGAUCGUAGUCCUCUCAUUGGACAAUCUUUUAUUCCGUGGCCACUUAUAGGCGAAAGUGAGCUCAGCAGACAGUAUAAAGAGCUUUCUAUAGAGUACGAUCCACGUCUUCUUCCAGCUCUUUGGCUUGGUGAGAUCCUCAAACUUAUAGAUGAAGGAAAGUCCAUUGAGAGCUUGGAACUACCAUUCAAGUGGGUGUCGGCUUUAGAUUUGCAGUCGAGUCUACAAGCUACAGAUAUUGCGUCGGUGGAAGAUUGUACAGCGUUUCAGUAUUCAUUGGGUAUGAAACAGGCAGAAGGGAUAUGUGAGCUGAUUGAGCUGCCUGACGGGCUUCCCAACUUUAAAAUUAUGGGCCCCACAGAUGUACCUCUUUCGGAGACAGCCAGGACUUAUAUCGGUGCCAAUUAUCUAUUACACACCUUGGAAAUACCGAAACGAGCCGUAUUUCUUGGAGCAGGUCUCCAGAAAAAUAUACUGCUUGCCGUUUCAUUGGUAAGCGAUACCAAACGACCGUAUUACGAGAAAUCGGAUAUCGUCUCGUUGGUGAAGCGUGUCGGCGGCGAGCAACAAAUACUGCUUAGUGAACAAGCAUUGAAGAUAGGCAGACUCAGCGAUGCCAUUCUCGAUCACAUUCGGCUUCCCAACGCACCUAAUUGUUCAAAUCUCAGCGCUCCUGAAUUUCUUGUUCCCUCUAUGGGCGAUCUUGAUUCCACUUUGAGGGACAACAUCGAAUCAGCACACCCAGAGCAGAAAUACUUCCAUGAAGCCAGUCUUUUUGGAAGUGGCAAGGGUUUCCAUUACGACUGGCGAUUCUUCAAAAGAAGCAACUACUCCCCUUAUGAAAGAACAGCAAUCUUGCAACGUCUAACGAGAGCCUGGCUCAGGUUUACCAAAGAAAUCGGACUGAAAGCAUGGCUUGCUCACGGCACACUCCUAGGCUGGUACUGGAAUGGUCUCAACAUGCCAUGGGAUGAGGAUCUCGAUGUUCAAACCACGAUGAAGAGCCUUCUUGAUCUUGCAAAAGACUAUAACCAGUCGGUGGUCAUCGAUCUCACGGAUAUUGAGCCCACUGGUCACAUGUAUUUCGUGGAUGUCAAUCCCCAUUUUCUUCAGCGAGAGCGAGGCAAUGGUGCUAACGUCAUUGAUGCCCGUUUCAUAGACAUGUCAUCAGGUCUAUAUGUUGACAUUACUGGUCUAGCUGUGUCUGACGACCUUGAAGCCGUGCAAAAUUUACCCGGAUCAAAGGAACACUCUCGGCUUCAUAAAAUCGUCGAUCCCGAUUACGAGGAAACCGCGAUGCUGUUCGAUUUUGUUGAAGGGCUUCGAGAGUCCACAGAGCUGAGGCUAAGGGAACUGGAGACAGAGCAGUGGAAUGCUGGCCUUCUAUACAACUGCAAAGACGACCACUUUUUCCUCCUUGACGAACUAGAACCGGAGAAGACGUACUUCGAAGGAGAAGAAGCGAUUGUUCCGUCACAGUUCAUGAAGAUCCUCAAUCGUGAAUACUUCAGAGGAACCCGAGCAUUACAACAUCAAGACUGGUGGUUUUCGCAUACCUUUGGGCUCUGGCUUCCGAGAGAGGACUGUGAUAAAAGCGUUCCUGGCUGCAAGAAGGAGGAUUGGAUUUUGGAGGAAAUAACCGCACGAUCGAUGGACGUGGUGUUCCAAAAAUAG